AUGGUCACAAUCUUCAUCAUCCUGCUCGUCUCCGUUGUGCAAAAUUCUGGUGCAAUUUCCUCCUCUACAAUUCGAAUCCAAGCAAAAACGGAGAAAGGUUCGGAAGAAAAAUUCGUUGAAUACGACCCCACGAAAUGCAAUCCUUCCAUUCCGAACGCUCCAGACGGUCGAUUCCGUUACAUUCAGACGAAUGGAAAUUGUGCAAAUGUGUAUGAAGAAAAAAACUGUUCGGGAUUUUUUGCCCGACUGGAAUCAGCAGAAGUGGCGUUUUCAGUAUUCUCGCCAGAUACAAGUCUCUGGUGGGGGAAUAAUUUUGUGGAAACAACGUUCAAGGUCAAGUCCGUGGGGCCGUGUUGGGAGAAAUGUGACGGGAGAAACUGGGAUAAUGUGGACUAUGCAAAUUACAACGUUACGGUGGGACUGGGUGAUAAAGUCACUGGAAAUCAGACCAUGCUCGACGUUAGUUCGGACGCUUGUAUUUCAAUUCCGGUCCAAAGGGAAAAUUUGGAUUGGAUUAAGAUUUAUGAAAAUCAAUCCUCCUGCAUCGAGCUACACGACGAGGUGAACUGUUCCGGCAAAUCGGUCAUUCUACGACCCGGGUAUCCUGACCUGCAUCACUUGGCCGUCUGGACGCGGAAGGCGAAAUCCAUUUCAAGGUGUGGCGCCUUUUGCAACAAGUUGACCCCGGAGGUCAACCCAAUUCCAUUAGGAGACGAGCUGAGGGACAACAUGGUCACUGUUUUUGACCAUCCGGGCCUGUACGGUACUGCGAUUAAUCUCAACCUGACCGAAGGCUGUACCACCCUUGACCAGGAUAUUCCCCACUUUUCCAUCCAAACUUAUGGCCAAUGUGUCGUCCUCUUCGACCACCCCCACUGCACCGACCGGCCGGGCUAUUCGUACCAAACGGGCCGAAAAGAGGGGGAAUACUACGUGCAAAAACAGGUAAUGGGCAUCUACCCCAAAGUCCUGCGAUCCAUUCGACUCUGUGGAGAUGACGAAGAGGCAGAAAUUUACCUAGUUUUCGGAGCCAAUGUUUCCCAAGUGUUCGUCUGGAAAAUGACCUCACUUGCCCUCUUCGUCGUCCUGGUGGUCGUGUUGGCCGGAGUGGUGUUUGUUUUCCUGUCCUGCAAGAGGGUGACAAUCCGUGAUGACUCACGUUACGAAGAACAGUCCAGUGUUACUUAUGCGACUGAAUCGCAAUUUUAA